AUGGCCCACAAUGUGACCCGUUUGAAUGAAGAUUUGCAACGUCUCCGCCCAGGCGCAACAACUCCAUCGAGAAGAUUUCCCGGGUCUCCUCCACCAUCUUUGGCCAGGUUUGACCGAUUACCCUAUAAUGUCAUCACCUAUGGGUCCGUGAUUGGAGCUGCCCGCAAGGUUAUCAGCGGGAAAAGAUGGGCCAGAACCGUGGAAGGCCCCAUGGUGGACGUUGGUGUGGACUGGGACUUGCUAUCAAUUCCCCCGGCCUCGUCGGGACGGGAAACUUUACUCCCGUUUCCCGUCGGAAAACCACCCUGA